CUUUAUUGGUAUCGCUAGUAUCGCAAUGUCCUUAUCUACACUAAAGUUAUAGAGAUUAAUAAGUGAUAAUUGUUGACGGUUUUUUUAAAUCAGUUUUCAAUUUGUUUUCUCUAUAUUUUAACUUUUAUUUUAUUAAGUAAAUAACUUGUCCAUUUGUUUUAUAGUGUAUGAAAUAAACUAAUUUAGUGAAUCCCAAUUUUGCGCAUUGAAUUAUAAACAGUAAAGGUGUUGGAGUAAAAUAUAGAAGAUUAAAAUAUUUUAAAAUUAUGGAAUCAAAACUAUGUCGACAGCAAAAUACUAUGAAUUCUUUAGCAAAACCAAAACAUAAAACUGUUUUACCUGAAAAACAGAAUACGUGGAGUAACUUAUUAAAUAAAAAAACAAAUACUUCUAAUACUGCUAUAGCUUUUAAUAAGAAAUCUAAAAAAAAUUCACUAAUAUCUGAAAAUAAUCCUAAGACCAUAAGCCAGAGUGUACAAUGUGAUUUAUCAAAUAUUAAACAAUACCAGAGUUCAUCUUCACUUUCUGUAUUUAAUCCAAUUAGGACAUUACAAUUUUUACUUAAAGAAAUUACACAUUUACCUAAUACUCAAAACUCCGAUGUAACAAAAAUAGUUGAUGAAAUGCAAGUUGUUGUUGGAAGAAUUAUUAAUGAAUUCUCUAAGAAUGAACCUCAUUCUAAAUUUAAUAUUAUGCCAGUUAUGAAUGACAGCUCUAUGAUUCCAACAAAGGAUAAUGAUUUUUGCAAAGACUUAAAAUAUGAAAAUAAUACUCAAGAAAAUAAAUAUUGGAUAGUGCUGCUUGAAAAAAUAUCAGAACUUGAAAAUAAUUAUAGUCAACUCUCAAAAAACUAUAUGAAAUCUGAAGAAAAACUUCAGUCUGUAAUAUCUGAAAGAGAUAAAUUACUUGAAAAAUUUCAAGAAUCAUGCCAUUCACUGGAAAAGUUUAACAAUCGUGAACGUGAAUAUUUAGAUACAAUUACAGAACUUAAAUCUAAACUAAUGGUUUCAGAAAAGUUAAUAAAUCAACAAGAAACUAUAAUAACAAAUCUAAAUAAAAUGUCAAAUUCACCAAUUAGAAAUAAAGAAUUUGUGAAUGAAAAUAUGCCAAUUCAAAAUCAUUCAUAUGAAGCAGAAUUAAAAGAAAAUAAUGAAUUAAGAAAAAAUUAUAUCAUGACCAAACUGAACUUGGAUAAAUCAAAAAUUAAUAACAGUUUUAAAAAAAAUGAAGUUUCCAAACUUCGAUCAGAUAUUAAACAAAUUAAGAAUAUUGUAUUAACUGGGAUAGAGAAUACGGAUAUUAAACCUGAGUCUAUGAUUUCAUUGAAAUCCGAAGGCCAACCAAUGAAAGACUUUUCUAAGUUUAAUGAAGAUAAUAAGAAAAAUAUUGAACAUAAUAUCGAUUUGCAAUAUACUGAAUACAAUCGACAAGCAGCUGCCAUAAAGUCAGCCAAGUCAGAACUUCAACAGUUAUUAGAAACAAUUAAAAUACAAGCCUAUCACUCAAAAAAAAUGUUUAACUCAACUGUAAUUGAUGAUAUAUCUGAUGAAGAAGAUGAUUGCUCAAAUGUAUCAAAUUUUAUGAGUAUAGCGACUGAUUCAAGUGUAAAUUAAUUUCCUUGUAAUACUUACAUUUGUUUUAUCACUUAUU